AAAACAAAAGGCAAUUUGUCGCCAAACCCUAUACCCACAAACCACUAAAUCUCAUACCUCCACCAAGCCCAACAAUCUUCUUCGGCUAGCCACUCGUUUUCCGGCCGCCCCACUGUAGUCAACCGUGCCAGCCUUUCUCUCUCUACGUUUCGGCUCGUUCUCUUUUCACGCCUCCUUCUCUCCCUCUUCCAUAAUCAGAUUUACGACGGCCGCCUCUGCCAAACAAAGCUCCUCCUCUGCCAGACAAACAAAACGCGCGACCACCUCUGCUCGCUGCAGGCCUGCGACCGCCUCUGCCUCCGUGGCCGUUCGUCGCUCACGCCUCUCUGUUCCCGCAACUCUCCAGAUCGCGUUGCUGCUUUGUUCAAAAGGAUAUAAAGGGAAAAGAGAUGAAAUUUUCUAUCAAUCAAAAAAGGAAGAACAAGGACAAAAAUUUAGUUCAAACAGAAAAACAAGAAGAUGAAAAAGUUGAUUUAGAAGAACAAAUUGUUGAUCAUGAAAUCCAUGUUUCAAAGGGAAAAAAGGCGAAAGAUAACACAGACAGAAAAAGGAAGAACAAAGACAGAAAUCUUGUGGAAAGACAAAGUCCAGAAGAUGAAGUUAAUUUAGAAGAGAAACAUGUGGUUAAGGUUGUAAAGGGAAAAAAGGUGAAAGUUGCUACUAGCCGAAAAAGAAAGAAUAAGGACAAAAAUUUAGGUGGAGGAGAAAGACAAGAUGAUGAAGAAGUUGAUUUAGAAGAGAAAAAUGAUGAAGCAGUGAAACAUUGUGUUGAUUCUGAAGCAGAGGAGAUCAAAGACUCCAAGGAGCCAAUAUAUUCCAAUAUUGGAGCAGCUAUCAAACCUUGUAAGUCUAAGGGAACUAAAAAAAAAAGAAGAAAGGAGGUUCCAAUAUUACCAGCAAAUAUAGAACAAAAUCAUCAGGAUGAAAUUCAUGUUAUCUCUUCAGGAGAUGAUGACUGUUUGAAUGGAAUGAAAAAAUGGAUCACGGAAUACCAUAAAAGUAGACCAGGGUUGGAGGUAUUGCAAAAUCAAAUUGAUGAUUUUGUAACUGAUUACGAAGAAAAAUUGGAAGAGGAAAGAAAAACAAAAGAAGCCCUUGCUGCAGAAGGGGGAUGGACAGUGGUUGUACACCACAAGGGUAGAAAGAAAACUACUGACUCUGAAAGUGGCAUUGCUGUGGGCUCAGUUGCUCAAGUUGCUGUGGAGAAUAAAUUGGCCAAAAAGAAAAGUAAAAAUGUUGGUCUAGAUUUCUACCGCUUUCAAAAAAGAGAAGCUCAGAGAAAUGAAAUCAUGGAGUUGCAGAGCAAAUUUGAGGAGGAUAAAAAACGUCUGCAACAAUUGAGAGCUGCCAGGAAAUUUAGACCUUAUUAAAUGAUUUGAUAUAGCAGUCAGGGUACACGGUUCUUUUCUUUAGGGAAAGGGAUUAUAUUUAUGAAGUCCUGAAGUUGAAUUAUCCUAUAGUCCUGAAAAACUUAGUUCAUUUAUCAUUCCAGCUUUGUCAAAAAUACUUUGUUAAUGUAGUAUAGGAAUUUGUGAUUGUGUUUAUCCUAAUUUUGGAUAAUUAUUUUUUUGAAACAUGCAAAUUCAUGAAGUAAAUGUUGCUUCAAAACUUUGAACAUCCAUAAUUUUUUCGUAUCGUUAAAAAAAA